AUGAAAGCUGCCGAACUCGACCGAAAGAUCGAAAAUGCUGCUAAACGUGGCUAUUACGCUACGAAGCAGGUUUAUAAGAAGAUUAUGCGCAAAAUCCGAGGAAACGAUGUGAGGUAUUUCAAUACGACCAAGAGAGGUGAUAUCAAUGACUGGAGAAUUCAGUUGCAUGGGCUGGAUAAGCGACAAGUCGGAAAAACGAUGAAAUGCGUGAUCGCAGCCAUGACAAUCGGUACGGAUGUGUCCUCCUUGUUCCCCGAUGUGAUUAGUUGCAUUCACAACGAGACCUUAGAAUUGAAGAAGUUGGUUUACUUAUAUCUAUUAAAAUACGCAAAAGAAAAUCCGGAACUGACGCUCCUUUCCGUGAAUACGUUUGUUCAGGACUGUGAGGACAAGAACCCGCUGAUUCGUUCGCUGGCGCUUCGCACGAUGGCGUGUCUUCGUGUCCAGUCGGUCAUCGAAUACCUAGUUCCUCUGCUCGAUCGAUGUCUCGAUGAUGUCGAUCCCUACGUUCGCAAGACGGCCGCCGUGUGCGUAGCGAAGCUCUACGACAUGGCUCCGGAGCGCUGCGAGGAGGAGGGCUUCAUCCUCCGUCUUCGCAAAAUGAUCGGCGACUCGAGUCCGUUCGUGGUGUCGAACUCGCUCUUCGCCCUUCAAGACAUCGCAGAGACGCUGGGCACGGACACUGUACGCGUGAACGGCAAGCUCCUGAACCGUCUGCUGGUGUGUCUGGAGGAGUGUUCGGAGUGGGGCCAAAUCGCGAUUCUCGAAGCGAUUUCGCGGUACAUCCCCGAGGACGAAGCCGAGGCCAGCCGUAUCAUCGAGCGCGUGGCUCCGCGCCUCCAGCACGCGAACACUGCGGUGAUCAUGGGCGCGGUGAAAGUGAUCCUGCUGAACAUCGAAGAUUGCGACGAAGAGCUCAUGAAAGCGACGCUGAACAAGCUCGCGCACGCGCUGGUCUCGCUCACAAGCAUCGAGUGCGCGGAGCUGCGCUACGUGGCGCUGCGGAACCUGCGUCUGAUCAUCCAGAAAGUGCCGAACCUCAUGGCGUCGACGAUCCAAGUCUUCUUCUGCAAAUACAACGACCCCUACUACGUCAAAAUGGAGAAACUCGAGCUGCUCAUCAGCCUCGCCACGCCGCGGCACAUCGAGCGCAUCCUCGGCGAGUUCAAGGAGUACGCCGUGCAGGCGGACGUCCCCUUCGUCCGCGCCUCCGUCCGCGCGAUCGCGCGCUGCGCCAUCAAACUCGAGACCGCCGCCGACCGUUGCGUCAACGUUUUGCUCUUCCUCCUCCAGAGCAAGAUCUCCUACAUCGUCCAGGAGGUCGUGCUCGUCUUUGCCGACCUCUUCCGGCUCUACCCGGGCAAAUACACGUCCGUGCUCGUCCCCGUCUGCAGCGCCAUGGAAUUGAUCGAUGAACCGCGGGCACGCGCAGCCAUGGUCUGGAUCAUCGGAGAGCACGCGGACGUCAUCGAGAACGCGGAUGAGCUGCUGGAAUUCUUCGUGGAAACCUUCCACGACGAGAAAGCCUGCGUGCAAUUGCAGCUUUUAACCGCGGUUGUGAAGCUCUUCGUGAAGCGACCCGAUGCGGGGAAGCAGCUCGUGACCACGCUGCUGACGCUGGCGACGGCGGAGACGCUGAGCGUGGACUUGCGAGAUCGUGCGUAUUUGUAUUGGAGGUUGCUGUCGUAUGCACCGAAGACGGCGAAGAAGGUCGUGCUGUCGUCGAGAGCGAGUAUGAAGCCGAUUUAUGAAGAGGUCAUGGAUGAUGAUUUGUUGUACAUGAUGUUGGAGGAACUGGGAUCGGUGGCUUCGGUGUAUUACAAACCAGCGCAGGAGUUUAUCACGCCCAAGAGAGGGCCGGAACCUGUCUCGACCAAUUCACCUUUGGCGGAUGAUGAUGAUGAUGAAUUGCAGAUCGAUGUGGAUAAUGAAGAGGGGGAUAACAGCGAUGAGGACGAGGAUAGCGAGUUUGAUAUGGAUAUUUUUGCAGAUAGUGAUUUGUGUGUUUGUUUGAAGCAAAGAAUCGUUCCAGAAAUCGAAGCUAUUUCUGGAACUUUCUGGGAGUUUGCUCAUUUUUUGUGUUAG